UGAUUGUUCCUGUGUCACACAGCCAGUUUGGGCUUUAUUCUGCACAUGUCUGGGUUGGUGACAGGUUCCUAUACAGAGGAGAGAGGUUGCUUUCGGGAGGCUCUCCAGUCAUUAGAGGAAUGAGCCGAGGGUGAGCAAUUCACCAGCUCGCCAGCACUUCGAGAACAGCCGGCAAGGAUGGAUGUGGUCGACAGCCUUCUUGUGAAUGGAAGCAACAUCACUCCUCCCUGUGAGCUGGGAAUCGAAAAUGAGACGCUUUUCUGCUUGGAUCAGCCCAAUCCUUCUAAAGAGUGGCAGCCAGCCGUGCAGAUUCUUCUGUACUCCUUGAUAUUCCUGCUCAGUGUCCUGGGAAAUACGCUGGUCAUUACGGUGCUGAUUCGGAACAAGAGGAUGAGAACGGUCACCAACAUCUUUCUGCUCUCACUGGCGGUCAGCGACCUCAUGCUCUGCCUCUUCUGCAUGCCGUUCAACCUCAUCCCCAACCUGCUCAAGGAUUUCAUCUUUGGGAGUGCCGUCUGCAAGACCACUACCUACUUCAUGGGCACCUCUGUGAGUGUAUCCACCUUUAAUCUGGUUGCCAUAUCUCUGGAAAGAUACGGUGCGAUUUGCAAACCCUUACAGUCCCGGGUCUGGCAGACCAAAUCCCAUGCUUUGAAGGUGAUCGCCACGACCUGGUGCCUCUCCUUUACCAUUAUGACUCCAUACCCAAUUUAUAGCAACCUGGUGCCUUUUACCAAAAAUAACAACCAGACGGCGAAUAUGUGCCGCUUUCUACUGCCAAAUGAUGUCAUGCAGCAGUCCUGGCACACGUUCCUGUUACUCAUCCUCUUUCUUAUUCCUGGAAUUGUGAUGAUGGUGGCAUAUGGAUUGAUCUCUUUGGAACUUUACCAAGGAAUAAAAUUUGAUGCUAUCCAGAAGAAGUCUGCUAGGGACAGGAAGCCGAGCACCGGCAGCAGCGGCAAGUAUGAGGACAGCGAUGGGUGUUACCUGCAGAAGGCCAAGCCCCGCAGGAAGCUGGAGCUCCAGCAGCUGUCCACACCCAGCAGCGGCAGGGUCAACCGCAUCAGGAGCAGCAGCUCCACGGCCAACCUCAUGGCCAAGAAGCGGGUGAUCCGCAUGCUCAUGGUCAUCGUGGUCCUCUUCUUCCUGUGCUGGAUGCCCAUCUUCAGCGCCAACGCCUGGCGGGCCUAUGACACGGCUUCGGCCGAGCGCCGCCUCUCGGGGACCCCCAUUUCCUUCAUCCUCCUGCUGUCCUACACCUCCUCCUGCGUCAACCCCAUCAUCUACUGCUUCAUGAACAAACGGUUCCGCCUCGGCUUCAUGGCCACCUUCCCCUGCUGCCCCAACCCCGGUCCCCCAGGAGCGAGGGGAGAGGUGGGAGAGGAGGAGGAAGGCAGAACCAUGGGGGCCUCUCUGUCCCGGUAUUCCUACAGUCACAUGAGCGCCUCUGCGCCGCCCCCCUGA